GAGCCAUUCUGCAAAUUCUGUUGUGUCCAUGCUUGAUGACUUUUUCAACAAACACAGUGAAGGAGAGGAAGUGUGUCACUUAAAUGCUGACAAUUGUGGAGGACAAAAUAAAAACCACAUCAUGACAAGUUAUCUUUCAUGGAGAGUAGCCAACAGCCUACACAAAGAAAUUAAUUUACAUUUUAUGAAACCAUAUCAUGCUAGGUGUUUGGUGGACAGUUUGUUUGGUCUAGCCAGGCGGGCAAUUCGCCGUACAGAUUGUGAUUCCAUGGAGGAUCUUAAGCGGACUGUGGAACAUUCAACAUCACACAACCGUGUUGUUCUGUAUGGAAGCCAGGAAGGAGAGUGGCAGUGGAGAGACUGGAAGACAUUCUUCAAGCCAGUGUUUCGGGCAGUCCCUGGUAUCCAGACAUUUCAUCACUUCAAGUUUUCUUCAGAAAGACCAGGUGAGGUUUUUGUGCGGAAAGAUGUAGGUUGCCCGGAGACAACAGUACGCCUGCUGAAGAGAGGGAAGUCUGUGCCGACUGGUUUGCCAAGCAGACUGGAGCCAGCAGGAACAUCCUCAGCAAGGUCCAAGUAUCUUUAUGGAAGUAUUCGACAGUUUGUGAAGGAUCCCCACAAGGAUGAGUUGUGUCCACCACCUCUUACAGAGGAAUGAGCAAGAUAGUCAGUGGCCACAUAACAUUGCAUUAAUUGUUUCGACAAAUUUGAACAGUUCAGCUCCUUUCAGUGUUACACAUGUAUUUAUAAAAUCAAGUUUUACAAUGUAGUCAAAGAUUUCUUGUGUUCUAAUUUAUCAUCUCAAUUAAAUGUGUAAAUUUUAUAUAAUGUGUUACGGUAUAUCUUUGAAGAGACAUUCUGUUUAUAUUCAUAAAGUGAACUCUAGUAGGAAUGAACAAUGAAAUCAAUUUCAAUUCCAACUCAACUCACAAAAUAAGUUGUCUUCUCACAACUCUUGUUUUAAACUGUGUUUUAUAUUGAUCAUCAUGCAAUAAUCAUCAGUUCUUUGAAACCAAGGGGAAGUGUGUAAAAUGCAUCUGGAUAAUCACAAAAUCUCUUUUUGGUACUAGUAUUUGUUUUGUAUAUACAAUGUAUAUCCAACUUCUAAAUGCUCUAGCUAGUUAAUAAUAUGCACAGGUCUGUAUUUUUAAUAUUGGUAAAUAUUUGUGUAAAUAAGUAUAUGCUCCUAUUUUUCAUGUUAUUAAACAAUUGAGUUUAUUUGUUUGCAAAUUUAUGAAAAUACAAUGUUGUACAUAAAUAAACAAAAUCAUAUUUUAACUGUU